AGAGCUGACCUGCGACAUAACUGCCACAUUCGGUCUGUACAAGCUCAGUCACUAACUGCCAUUAGUAAAGGGCUCUGCAGGGUCUGAGAUGAUGAGAAGGAAGCGUCCAAGGAUUUUGGGAAGUCUUCGGAACCCUGUUCUCCCUCAGGCUUCUUCCCCGCCCUCUGUCCAAUCAAACAGCGUUCAUUUCUUCCCAUCUCAGACUCCCCUACCUCAGCCUGUCACUCGUUUCAAUCCUCUUUCUGUUUUCUACCCUACCUCUUUCCCUGCUCUGAAGAACACUUCCUACUUCCCCACCUUAAUGAUUGCUAUGCCCAGCUCCUCCUGUGUAAACAAACUUUCCUCUAAGCACUCCGCUUAUUUCACUACCCCUUCCUACCUGUCUACCCUCAUGACUACCUCUUCUACAAGAGCACCACUGGAUAGUUGCCUAGAUCCUCUUUCCCAUCCAGAAGCUAGCUACCUUCAGCCAGACUGGGCUGGUGUGCCUAUGGAGGAAACUGCUCUCUUGUCCAGGUACCAGGGAAAUCAGAGCUGGAGACAAAGACUGGAAAUCAUGAAGUGGAAGAGGCUCAAGCCCUGGAUAACCUUGAGGCCUUCACUCAGGAAGCACCGGAAAGCGCAGCCGCACUGGAGGUGCUGCCCGAAAAGACGGGGCAGGACAAAAUCCAGUCUUGUUAGGGACAGUGCAAGUUGUCAUUGGUCAAGAAUGGAUGUUUUACCAAAUAGCCAUUUCGGGAUGGAGAAAGCAGAGGGGGAGACUGAAGUGAUGGGACCUCAGGAUUUCUAAAUAACUUCAGGACCCAAAAUGGUGCCACUGCCUACAACGCUAAAAUAUGACAUCUGGGACAGACAGUCAUCAGAAGCAGCGUGCUGUCCAUGGAACUAUUUCAUGGAUAAAAUAAAGGGGACAUGGUUCACAGAA